AUGGACUUCACCAACGAGCCUCCCUCCAAGAAGCGCCGGUUCCUGGGCGACCAGGGUGAUUCGGACCAUGUCGUUGCCGGCCCCAGCUCGUCUCCCCAGUUCAGUGCUCCCCCGAGCUCACCACCCAGGAAGAAACUCCUCCAAGACCCAAACAAUGAACCCCCCCAGCUGGCGUUCGACAAAGACACAUUCGAAGCCUUUGUUGGCGAAAAAGUUGCGUCCGAUAUCCUCCACGUCAUCAGCAAGAACUGCGGCAACAACAUCGAAAGAGCCGUCAACAUGUACCUGGACGGAACAUGGAAGAAGCUACACCGGGCGCCUCCAGUCAAAGUCAACUCGCAUUCGCCCUUGGUUGUAGGAGGUCAGUCUCCCAAGAAAGCAUCAACACCACAAGCACGCUCGCGGCCGCACGCUCAAGCCCAACCACAACCGCAAUCGAAUCCACCAAUAAAGGCUCUCCCAUCAAUGCCAGAGGCCCGCUAUGUCGGCGCAUUUGGUGUUGAGGGAUGGGCUACCAGGAGCGGGACAGGUCUCCUCAGACACGGUGACAGCGUUAAGAUUGAGCGCCAAAAGAUCCAACCGCCCACCGUCGCAAGAAAAGGGCAGACUAAGCCUGGCACCCCGCAGUCCAUACCACGAGUCAGCGGGGCGGCUGCCAAACGUGUCGAUGUCAUAGUCCGCUUCAACGACGCCAGUGGCAGGGAACUCGGCCGUCUCGCCAAAGACACAGCCAACUGGGUGUCGACACUAAUAGACCAGAACAUCUGCAGAUUCGAAGGCAUCUGUGUUUACGCGCCCGAGCGACUACGAACGAACGAGACCGUCUUCUUGCAGCUCAAGUGCUAUAUGCUACGAUCUGCCUUCUUGGGGAGAACACUCCAACUAGCCGACAAUAGGGCUACCGGGUUCCACGAGAAAGACGAGACAACAGAAGAGAAGGACCUGCGGUUGAGGCAAGUGGCGCUUGUGAGACUGUUUCAAGAGAUCAACAUUGUUCCGUCUCGAGGCAACGCCGCUGCCGCCAAGGACGCCAGGAAAGACCUUCUUGAAGCAGCAGAUUCGGCCGAGAAGAAGGCGAUGGACAAGGCCAAGGCUGGGGACCACAGCACUAACGGAUCAGCUUCUCCUCCCGAAGAGGCUGAAGAGGGUCAGGAGCUCGAGCAAGACCAACUCGACGCGCUGUACAAGAAGGCCCAAUCCUUCGACUUUAACACCCCCGAAGCUGAACCAGCUGACACCUUCGCCAUGACCUUGCGUCCAUACCAGAAGCAGUCGCUGUACUGGAUGCUGGCCAAGGAGAAGAACCAGCGCACAGAAGACCGCGAAACAUCCAUGCAUCCCUUAUGGGAAGAGUACAUGUGGCCGACCAAGGACCAUGACGAUAAGGACCUACCUGUGGUUCCUGACCAACCCUGCUUUUACGUCAACCCAUACUCUGGCGAUCUGUCACUGGACUUCCCCAAGCAAGAGCAGCAUUGUCUUGGUGGAAUCUUGGCUGACGAAAUGGGACUUGGCAAAACCAUCCAGAUGCUUUCUCUGAUUCAUUCACACCGAUCCGAAGUAGCCAUCAAGGCGCGGGAGGCUGGCCCUACCUCGGUCAACAACCUCCCACGUCUACCAACAGUCUCUGGACAGAAGACCACCGUUGACGCUCCGUGCACAACCCUUGUGGUUGCCCCCAUGUCCUUGCUGGCGCAAUGGCAAAGCGAAGCUGAGAAUGCUUCCAAGGAGGGCACUUUCAAGACCAUGAUGUACUACGGGGCGGAAAAGAAUGUCGAUCUGGUGACCAUGUGCUGCGAAGCCAAUGCGGCCAACGCUCCAGACGUGAUCAUCACCAGCUAUGGAGUCGUCCUCUCCGAGUUUACCCAACUCACCACCAAGAAUGGAGACAGACUCAGCAGCCGCGGGCUUUUCUCCCUCAACUUCUUCCGUGUCAUUCUGGACGAAGCACAUAAUAUCAAGAACCGCCAAGCCAAGACCUCCCGCGCAUGCUACGAAAUCGCCGCCGAACACCGCUGGGUCCUCACCGGAACCCCCAUUGUCAAUCGUCUCGAAGACCUCUUCAGCCUUGUCCGUUUCCUACGCGUUGAGCCAUGGAACAAUUUUUCCUUCUGGCGGACCUUCAUCACCGUCCCCUUUGAGUCCAAGAACUUUGUCCGCGCCUUAGACGUCGUCCAAACCGUCCUCGAACCGCUCGUCAUGCGCCGCACCAAAGACAUGAAGACCCCCGAUGGCCAGUUCCUUGUUCCGCUUCCGCCCAAACACAUCGAGAUCGUCGACAUCGAACUCUCCGAGCCUGAAAGGGCAGUCUACGACUACGUCUUCAACCGCGCCAAGCGAACGUUCUUUGACAAUAUGCAGGCCGGCACCGUCAUGAAGGCGUUUACCUCCAUUUUUGCACAGAUCCUGCGGCUCCGGCAGUCCUGCUGCCACCCUGUGCUUGUUCGCAACCAGGAAAUCCUCGCUGAUGAGGAGGAAGCCAAUAUGGCCGCUGACGUUGCGGCGGGGUUGGCAGACGAUAUGGACCUCCAAACUCUGAUCGAGCGCUUCACCGCCACCACAGACGACGCCUCCGAAACCAACAACAACUUCGGCGCUCACGUUCUUAGACAGAUCCGUGACGAAGCAGUCAACGAAUGCCCCAUCUGCGCCGAAGAACCAAUGAUCGACCAGGCCGUGACAGGAUGCUGGCACUCUGCGUGCAAGAAAUGUCUGCUCGACUAUAUCAAACACCAAACCGACCGUAACGAGGUCCCGCGGUGUUUCCAAUGUCGCGAGCACAUCAACAUCCGCGACAUCUUCGAAGUCAUCCGCCACGAUGAUGACCUGGAGACAUCCUCUACCCCAGGGGCAAGUCCCGAGCCGCGCAUCUCCCUACAACGCGUGGGUGCCAAUGACUCCAGCGCCAAAAUCGUCGCUCUAAUCUCGCACCUCCGCACCUUGCGCCAAGAGCACCCCAAAAUGAAGUCCCUAGUAAUCUCCCAAUUCACGUCCUUUCUCUCGCUGAUAUCCUCCGCCCUCACACGUCACAAAAUCUCUUUUCUUCGGCUGGAUGGGUCCAUGUCCCAGAAGGCCCGCGCCGCUGUUCUUACCGAGUUUCAAUCCACCAACAAGUUUUGCGUUUUGCUUCUCAGUCUCAAAGCCGGUGGUGUCGGGUUGAACCUGACCAGUGCCAAGAGGGUCUACAUGAUGGACCCGUGGUGGUCCUUUGCGGUGGAGGCGCAGGCGAUUGAUCGUGUGCAUCGCAUGGGGCAAGAGGAUGAGGUGAGGGUUUAUCGAUUUAUAGUGAAACAGAGUGUGGAAAUGAGGAUGUUGCGGGUGCAGGAGAGGAAGAAGUUUAUAGCAACAUCACUGGGGAUGAUGUCAGACGAGGAAAAGAAGAUGCAGAGGAUCGAGGAUAUCAAGGAGCUGUUGAGCUCAGACUAAGCGUAUCGAUAUGCAUGCCGGAUGUCAGGGGAAACUGAAAUCCAAUCCAUUUUCGUUGUUAGGCGUCCCGAGGUCCUUUUCUUGCAUGCAGGGGCGUCCGUAUACUUGUCUACCGCAUACAUAGGGCCAUCUCAGGU